UGCUGGCAGCUUCUUGUAAGAGUUGGAACAAGGAUUGAAUUACUUGGAUACAUCAACUUACCUUUCACAACCAUUUUCUGUAUACUGUAUUCAAUUUAAUUUGAUAUUAUCUUCAUGCAAAGUUAACUUAUGUGAAGUAAACUCUUUUGUAAAUUGAUUAUGGUUUUUCAUGUAUGUGAAUGCAGUUGAAGAGAAAUUGUGAUGCUCUGGUUCAUAUUAGCUGCUCACUUUGUGGGUACCAUUGCUUGAUUGGCAUCAGAUUCCAUGUCCAAGAUUAUGGAUUUAAAUGGUACGAGUAACGAGACCUCUGACAGAAGAAUUUACGUUGGUAAUAUUGAUCAUAGGAUUUCUGAGGCUACUCUGCUCAAGAUGUUUUCUCCGUUUGGGAAGAUAGAAUCUGAGGAUUUCUUGUUGCAUACCCGGGGACCAAAACGAGGUGAACCACGUGGCUUUGCUUUUGUCCAGUAUAGCACGAAAGAGGAAGCUAGACUAGCCAAGGAGAAGAUGCAUGGGAGGUUGGCUUGUGGACGCCCUUUGGUUGUACGCCUUGCUAACGAGAAAUCUGCUGCUGAAUUGGUGGAAAGUUCAUCUAAGGUUGCUGGAGUUGUGAGCAGAUCAACCCAUUCAGGCAGCUCUUCUGGACAAAUGAGUCGAAGUGCAAAAAUUGCUGCAAUAAAGAAUAAGUUGAAGGUGCUGGAAGACGAUGGCAGUAGAGCAAAAAAGCAGAAGCAGGUUGAGCACUAUUCAUCCUAGCUCUUAAACAAUGGUUUCUCAUCUAUAAAGUGCUGUAAUUAUUCAUGAGUUAAAGCGAUGAUAGCACAUUUGCACCUGUGUGCUCUGUUGGUUACUUGGUUACUAUUAACAGCCCGACUGUAUCUGCACCUUGCUGUUUCUCUGUAAAUUAGGAGUAAGUUAUAGAAAUUGUUUUGGUAGAUUAUUACUUGCA